UUCCUUCCAUUUCAUAUACUAUCAAUCUUCUUCAUUACAACAUGAAUCAUUUGCCUUCUUCUUUCUUCUUCAUCAUUCAAAUGUGAAAAAAACUAAAAGGUUUCAUCACAUUUUGUCAUCCGAGGUGGUAAGAACUACUAGUCAUCGGAUGGCAACAAUAAGGAGAGACUUUGCUCCAGGCAAGGAGAAGAGGACACCUCCUCCACCAAUAGGAAACACAAGCCUAAGAGGAAGCACAAGCCUGAGCAGAACCACCAGCCUGAGAGGAACCACAAGCCUCCGCCCGCCCGCAAACCUCAGGCCCGCCACAAAUCUCAGAGUAACACCCUAUCCAGGCACACCUGAAAGAAAUACUCCAAGCUACCUCAAGACCACAGCUGAAAGAAAUACUCCAAGCUACCUCAAGACCACACCUGAAAGAAAUACUCCGAGCUUCCUCAAGCCCACACCUGAAAGAAAUACUCCAACCUACCUCCAGCCCACGAGACCAGCUUCCACUACCGAUGUUUCUAAGCAACAGACCAAGAAACCGAUCACCAGACCAAGAUCAAUCGACAAGCCUCCACCCCCGUCUCCUAUACUAAAACCACGUGUUUCGACUAAUCCACCUAUUCGGCCUGGGAAGGCUGUUGUUCUCCAGAAACCGAUUCCUGAUAAGAAUGUGAAAGCACCGGUGGUUAAGAAUGUGGGGAAACGACGGCCCUUGUCUGUCACGUCUGCCAGACCUGUAAGUAGCGUGAAGAAGAGCAAUGCAUCCAUGAAGAAGCAAGAGACUGGAAAGAGUACUUCAGGAGCAAAGGUACAGAUCUUUACUAGUCCUCAUAAAAGCAUGGAGCAUCCACAUGUGUCUCAGGUUUCAGUGUCUGUUGUCCUGAAACCUGAGACGCAAACUGGACAACAAGAAUCUCUACAUGUGUCUAGUGUCAUGAAACCUGUGACACAAACUGGACAUCAAGAACCUUGCUUCGUUGAAGCUGAAGAACAGGGAAUAAAGAUUGUAGGCUAUGAGGAUAAGGGCACCGAUGAUUUACUGCAAGAGGAUCUAGAAACAUUUGACCUUGGGGAAAUUGAAGAAGAGUAUGACUAUGAGGCCAAGAUUGUGAUUGCUGAGUCUUCUGUUGCUACGGAACAUGAAAAUGUCUCACUUGGUAUCAUGGCAAAAGAGCCAGCAGAAGAACAAUCAUUCAUUCAAGAGAGCAGCAGCAAACAGCAGCAAUCGGAAGAACAGAGCAUAACUGAAGUAAAUAGCAGUAAUGCUGGUGAAAGUGUUGCAGAUAAUCCCAAUGAUGAGGCUGAACAGAAGGAAGUCGAAAAAGAGGAAGGAGAAGGAGAAAGAGCAUCAACUAAGAAAGACGAAGCGGCUAGCGGAAGUGAAGCUCACGAAUCUAAGGAAACAGAGGGGCUAGAAGUAGUCGAUGAAAAGAAACAAGAAGCAGUGCAGGAAAACAAGCAAGAAGCGGUCGAGGAAAAGAAAGAAGAUGCGGUGGAGGAAAAGAAACAAGAAGUAAUCGAGGAAAAGAAGCAAGAAGUGGUGGUCGAGGAAAAGAAGCAAGAAUUACAUACUCCAGCUACAAAACUACGACCAGGAGUACAAGGGAAGAAGGAUACUGCAGUUUCCAACGAUGUGAUCAAGGAAACUGCAAGCAAGCUUCGUGAGCAGAGGAAAAACAGAGUGAAAGCUCUUGCUGGCGCUUUUGAGUCUGUUAUAUCCUUGCAGGAGGCUAAGUGAUAACAACACAAAUAUACUUCAAAUUCUUAAUGGAAAAAUGGACCUCCAUAGGUACUUUGAGGAUUGUUUCCAUGGAAAAAAGUUUGUAUUUGAUACAAGAUGAAUUUCUUGAGUGCUUAUACUUAAAUUGUUUUGUUAUC